AUGUACUUCCUGCACGGCGUUUGGGCAACUGACCGAGCACAAGAACUUAUCCAGGAAGAUGUUUCUAGGGAGGCCCUGCCGGCACAGGCCAGUCCUGACCUUCUGGAACUGGUUCCAGCGGAUGGCCAGCCGUGCCGCAUCCAGCGCUGUAAUGCGGACUACGUAGCCGCCACCUCUCCGGCGACGGAGGAGACCCUGCCUCACACAGACUACUGCAUGGCUCUGCGGGCCUAUUCCCUCUGCACCCGGAAGAUGGCCCGCUUGUGCCGGGGCGAUCUGGUGUACCACUCGGCAGUCUUCCGGAUCAAAGAACUCUUUGGGCAGCAGAACUGCUCGAGUGACGGGCCGACCUCCUCCGCCAGAGUCCCCGGAGCCGCCGACCCCCUGCUCUCCGACAUGUGCAGCUACCGAGCCCGAUCCAGUCUCCAAACCAGAUUUGCUCACUGUGGGCUCUUUGGAGACCCCCACCUGCGGACAUUUAAAGACGAAUUCCAGACCUGUAAAGUGGAGGGGGCUUGGCCGCUCAUUGAUAACCAGUACUUGUCGGUCCAGGUGACCAACGUCCCCGUGGGGCUUGGCUCUGGGGCCACGGCAACCAGCAAGAUCACACUGAUUUUCAAGAGCUUCCCCGGCUGCUCUGAGCAGAGGGUGUACCAGGCGACCACGGAGGACUUGCCUCUGGCUUUCACCGACGGCACGCGGAGCGGAGGGCUGCAGGAAGGCUCUGGCAGCCUGCGUAUCCUGGAGAAGCCGGACAGGAGGCAGGUGGAGAUCCAGGCUCACCACAUCGGCAGCACCGUCAUCAUCCGGCAGGUGGGCCGCUAUCUCACCUUUGCCGUCCGUGUGCCAGAGGACAUUCUGGGCCCUUCCGAGCACGGCGCCGACCUGCAGCUCUGCCUCCACGGCUGCCCCCAGAACGAGCGGAUCCAGGAGCACUGGCUGAGCCCGGCAAGCUCCGGCCUGCCCCGGCCGAGCUCCCAGAAGGCCUACACGGUGGAGAUGGCCACCGAGGAGUGCAACCACCUUCUGCCCGCGGAGGACAUGUACUUCCAGUCCUGCGUCUUUGACUUACUGACCACAGGGGAUCCCGACUUCUCCGUAGCCGCCUUCGGAGCCCUGGAGGACAUGAAGGCCCUCCGCCCCGGCAGGCUGCAGUUGCUCCCCCCCGCCUCUGGGGGCGCCAGUUCCAGGGGCGGGAGGCCCAGGCUGGGAAGGACCUCUGCUCUUUUGCUGCCCGCCCUCCUCGUCUUCCUCUUCCUUCCCAUUCAGCGCUGACAGCCGUCCCGUGUCUCCACGACGACACGUCUCAAAGAGGAUAGUGCCACACCCCCCAAGCUCACGCGGGCCCUGCCUCCUUCAGUGGGAGGGCGGGGAGGUCUCCCCUUAAGCCAGGAGUCUCUGCCGGUCGUACGACGCACACACACACACACACCCCGGCCCGGAGUCUGUUCAGAACCACGGAACCCACAGAAAGUGGACUUCAUUCUGCGCGCAGAAGUUCUUUGAGAAACAAAACUGGGAAGAGUCAUCCGACUGACGUUCACGUGGGGGACUUGGCGCUUAUUUUACCGGGCUGCUUUUUGCGCAGAGCUGCGUCGUGCGUGCUGUAGGCAGCGAGCCAGACGGAUGUAGAUCAGCACCUCACGGCUGCCCUAGGAGCAAGA